AACGAAGAAGCGACGCUCGGUUGGCACCUUACAUGGCUGUCGAAUAAAAAGGAACAGCGAAAAGUUUCCAGCUGGCCAAACUGUCAGGAUGAAUGGGACGUCAUACGCUAACUUUGACAACCAAGAGCACGUCUUGAAAUUGGGGGAAACGUUCGAGAAGCAUCCCAAAAGUGCCUUUCACACGGUGCGAUAUGAUUUCAAACCAGCUUCCAUCGAUACGACAUGUGAAGGAGAGCUUGAAGUGGGCAAAGGAGAGCAAGUUACCAUCACAUUACCCAAUUUAGAGGGCUCGAGUGCGCCAGUUACUGUUUUCAAGGGUUCCAAGAGGUCGUACAUGAAAGAGUGCAUCCUCAUCGUGAACCAUGACACUGGCGAGUACAGACUGGAGAAGCUCAGCAGCAACAUCGCAGUCAAGAAGACCAGGGCCGAGGGGAGUAGUAAGAUCCAUUCCCGUCUGGAGCAGCAGACCAGUCGACUGGGUCAGCAGAUGAAGAACAGCACCAGCAGUGGAAGCUCCAACAAGAGCUCAGCAGGCUCCAAAAGCUCUCCCCCUAAAGAGAAGACGUCCCCUGCGUCCCCCAUGGACGACAUUGAGAAAGAGCUGAUGGCGGAGGCUCGCAUCAUGGACCAGAUGAGCAGCGACAGCUCCUCUAACAGCUCCUCGUCAUCCAGCAGCGACGAUAGCUCCAGCAGUAGCAGCGACUCCGAGGACGAGCGCGGGGCCGCGCCCACUCUGGCCCAGACCAACCACAGCAUGCCGGUCGUCAAUGCUAGCAGCUGCUCACAGGAGGGAGGAGGAGGAGGAGGAGGAGGGGGCGGUGGCAGCGGUGGAGGUGGACUCAUGAACACGCUGAAAAAUGACCUCCAGCUGAGCGAAUCAGGCAGUGAAAGUGACUGACUAAUCAGCAAGGAGGACAUCUGCUCCCGUCGCAAGCUUACAUGUAUCCUGUGCCUCGCUCCAUCUCCACACUCUUAUUUUUUUCUCUCUCACUUGUAUUUCAUCUUUUUUUUUUUUUUAGUCCAGUGCACCACAGUACAUUUUUAUUUUCAGAAAUCAUGGGAAACUCCAGCGUCCUCUUCCUGCUGUAGUUCUGCUGACCAAACGUAUCCAAGGCUCAACAAGUCUUAAGUCUCACUGAUGCCUUCCACAUUUCACGUUUAAACUCGACAUGAUGUCUGAUUUUCAAAUGUGCCUUCAAUCACACGUCGUGCAUCUCCUUUUCUCAAGAAAAUUGGGUGAAUUGUUUCCCAAUACCUCACUUGGCAUGUCAGCUGACAUGUUUUCUUUCUUUCAGACUUGCUGCAGUUGAUUGAUUCCUUUAUGUCCACGUGAUGACCAAAACUCCUAUUUUCGCUCUCUUGUGAUGAACUGGCUCAGCAGCGUGACUAGGAGCCACCAUUGCUGACUUGUCGCUAAUCCAGUUAAUCACCAAGCUAGCCGGUUGUUAAUGGAUCUGGGUGUCAACACAAGUGGCUGGGAAUGUGACGAGUCGCUAACGUGGCCCGUGUAUGAAGUUGCCAACGUAGCUCGUCGCCAAUAGUGCUGACUUCCUUUCGUUUGACCAGGUCAGCAACGCCUUGUAGCUUUAAACCUGCUAUACUUGAAUCCAAAAGUCAACUAUUUAUUUCUCAGAAGCAUGUAUUUCGCCAGCGGUGAAUGGCCUGAUGCUGGGGUGUCCAAACCUUUUCCGCCAAGGUGCCGCAUACAAUAAAAUUGAUGCAUGUGGUGGCCAUUUUAUACAUUUUGUACAUUUUGUCAGUCUAUAUACACACACAGCUAUCUGAACAAAACAACAACAUCUUGGCUUUUUGUCACAGAUAAAGCAAAUUAGUGUAAUACCUAAUCAACUAUGACUAAUUUUAUUUUUUACAAUACCCCGCGACCCAACUUUAAAAAAAGCUCCAGGUUAAAAAUGGCCCACGGGCUGCACCUUGGACACCCUUGGCUGUUGGAUGUAUUUUGAAAAGGGGUCCGUGUGGUGGUGCUGCUUUUUAUUUGGACACAGAACUCCAACUCGGCCAAUCGGAAGCACUGCCGAGCCUCUUUUGGGGAUUUUGUCUUUGGAGAAGCGGCUGCUUGCCUCGUUUGUAAAAGGAUCUGUCCAGGAAAUUA